CUGAACCAGGAAGUGCGGAUGAUAAAAGAGCCGCUCCGUCCGUGUUUUCACCGAAGCACGAUGUAAUGGUUCACCCACUUGAAAAAGAACCAUGGAGUUGUUUUGUCUGUGUGUUCUCUUCUCUGUCGCUUUGGCGUCAACAUUGGCAGCCGACGGACAGGUGACAUUCGUCUCUGAGCUUUCAUCCAAACCAGCUCAGAGGUUAUCUAAAUACGGGUGGUAUGGCAACGUAAGACUGCAGAGGUUUCACGUACCAGAGGACACCGCCAUUGCUCGCUGGGUCUUCUUGGCAGCUAAGAGUCAGGGAUUUAAUUGUGGACAACACAAAGUCUUCAUCCACCUCCGAGCUGGUGCCCCUCCAGUUAUAAACCCACUCGGGCUAGUGUUUCCAAAUACAACUCAAUGGACCCCUUGUCUUAAUCUGACACUCUCAGUGACAUCUCAGAGCUCCACAACCUUCAACCUCUCCUAUCCCACACCAGGCGACUGGUUCGUUGCUGCUCACUUGCCUGAAGACGAUGGGCGGAUUGAGCAGAAGGGAUUUCCGUCCUGUACUUACUUCUUCCAACCUCUGCUAUCAAUCCGGAGAGCAGUGGACACACCUGUUUUACAGAAGAACGUGGCCCUUCAACAAAUAGCAUCCCCUGUUGCACCUGCACGCCUUAAGUUUUAUGUUCCAGAGUUUGCCUCUUCACUGUCAGUUUCUGUGUCCAAUUGUGUGUCGGUGGAGAAACCAGCUGGUGGGAGCUGCUUGCUGGUCCUCAGGCUGGGCUCCGACUCUCUCACUGAGGGUUUAAUGAGUGUCAACUGCACUGGGCUCAGCUGCUCCGCGGUGCUUCCUAAUCCGCCCUGGGGUACGUGGUUAAGAGUCGUCGUGGAGAGCAGCCAAGAGGCUCGGACUGUUGAAUUUAACGUCCUCUCAGACUACACAGUGGGAUGUAAGCCAGAAAGUCUGGGACUGGCAGCAGACGAUGACCUCAACAAGCUGAGACGAAGCAGCAGCUUGAGUAACUCCACAGUAGCAGCCAACAGUUCCUUUGUAGCUGCCAACGAGUCUGCGCCUCUGCAGCCGUCCUCAUGCAUAUGGAAUAUUCCUGUUCUGGAUGAACAGCUGGACGUUCUGUCUCACAAGUUCACACCUGUUCAGGGGCCCAAGGUCAGCGUCACCAGCACACAUCCGACUCUGCUCAUGUACCCGCUGCACGCUCAGUCUACCGGUGGCUCCCUCAACCUGAAGCUCACCCUCAACACCACCAAUGUCACUUUGGCGAACAGCAGCUCUGUCGUGGCCUGCUUCUCUCCGAGAGUCCCUGUCCUGCUGCUGGACCAGCCGGACUCCUGCCCCUCAGGUUUGUUUGGAGGUUUCGGUGUCAGUAUAAACAGCAGCAGUCCAACCGCCGUGUUCCACGUGCCUUUCCCCGAGUCGACAACCUGGUACCUCAGUCUGCAGCUGUUGUGCAGCAGGGGCGACUGCGGCGACGUGCCGGUGGUGUCUGUGGUGCCGGAGGUUUCCAUCAGUGCCUGCGUCGACAGCUGCGGGGCCAACGGGGAGUGCACUCUCCUGAGGUCGUUCAGCUACGUGUAUGCUUCCUGCGUCUGCAAGGCCGGCUGGAGCGGCUGGGGCUGCACCGAUGCUACCAACGCUCAGUCCUAUGCGCACCAGGUCUUCGCCACGCUGCUGCUCACGCUCAGUAACCUGUGCUUCCUUCCGGCCAUCGUGGUGGCCGCCCACCGCCUUUACUUCACGGAGGCCUCUGUCUACCUCUUCACUAUGUUUUUCUCCACGUUCUACCAUGCCUGUGACCAGCCGGGCGUGGCUGUGAUGUGCAUCAUGGACUACGACGCCCUCCAGUACUGUGACUUCUUGGGGUCCGUCUGCUCCAUCUGGGUCACCAUCCUGUGCAUGGCCCGUGUAGCAGACACGGUGAAAUAUACCCUGUUCAUGCUCGGGACUCUGCUGAUAGCCAUGUCGAUGCAGCUGGACCGCAAAGGCUUGUGGAACAUGCUGGGUCCCAUCCUCUGUGCCUUCCUGGUCAUGGUGACCAUGUGGGUGUACCGAGGGGUGCGGCGCAAGCACUGCUACCCGCCCUCCUGGCGCCGAUGGGUCUUCUACCUGAUCCCCGGCGCCCUCUGCGCUCUGAUCGGCGUGUGCGUUUACAUUUUUGCCGAAACAGAAGACAACUACUUCUACACGCAUUCCCUGUGGCACGUCCUGGUGGCCACCUGCGUGGUCUUCCUGCUGCCACCCCGGGACAAGAAGGGGGGCGCCGUCAGCUGGGCCGAGUACUGCAGACUCAACUGGACCUGGCGCCGCUGCUGGAGCUGGUUCGGGUCGCCCAAAAUUUGUGGAUACAAACUCUGUCCAAGCAAGAGCGACGAGCUCCACACGGUCACGUAGAUGAUGAAGUUGGUGAACUCGGAUGUAAACAUUCUUUUUCUAAUACACAGAGAUUUUAUCCCCCAAAUCAUCAAUCUGAAUCACAGAUUAAGAGGAAUGAAAUAUGAUACCACUGAACCUGAAACCAUUGCACUUUUGGGGGCUCCGAAGAGCCCCUUAUUCAACCUUUGACCUCAGCUCAGAAUGUUUCCUGCUGGUGUUUUGUACAUUAUACAAAACACUUUAGAUGAAAAGGGUCCUUUUGUAAAUCUUUAUUUUUUUAAUCAUAAGGCUUUUUUCUUAUACCAAAAAAAUAAAAAAUAAAGACUUGCUAAUGCAAGUGUGAUUGUUUUAUACAUAUUAAUUUUCAUUUUGUCAUAUUAGUCAAAUACUAAUACUGAAGCCAUAACUUGAAAAAAGAUAAAUAAAAUGACCCUUGAAAAGUUAAAACUCAAAUAUAGUGUGUCUAAAUGGUCCAUUUUAUAAAUGUGUAUUUAUACUGCAUAUUUAUUAGCUGGGAUUAGACUACUGUAAUUAUGAAUAUAAGUUGCCAUAUUUUGCACAAAUUUUACUUAUGAUUUUUUUUUCCACAUGUGGAGUGCUGUAAAUUUAACACGAGAACUCAAGUAUCUUAUUAUUCAUGUGAUAUUCAAUGGCACUUUGAAUUGUAUACGUCGGCCUUACAUUAGCUGACUGUUGCAAAAUGAAAUAUUUAGAUGUGACAAAUCAAAAAAAAAACUUUUCCGACUCAGAUGCUGAAUAAAUAGAUUAUUAAAAUGCUGAGGCCUUUAUGAUCCCUGAAUCUGCCUUUUAAAGAUACUGUAAAAGAAGUGUUAAUAUAUUUUGAUUUUCUGUUUCAUUGUCUUUGUCCGUUUCCUUCUCAUGACCUUUCAACUGUGAUCCGGGCUCAUGAUCAUGUUGCAAAUCCACGUACAUGAGAUGAAUGUGUAAUCCAGUGCCUCCGCUCUUCUGCAUCUUUUGUCUACAUGUUUCAGUUUGAAUAAACAUGCAGAUGUUAA